GAAGGGCUGAAUCUCUCUCCCUCUGUGUUUUUAGUGUGGGAUUCCUGAAUAUGAACCAUGGUUUGAACUCCUCUUUUAAUACUUAUUUCAAUUGGUACUGACAAGGUGAUUAAAUAGAAUUUUUUUUGACAAUGUUAUAGUUUUAGUGUAAAUAUCACUAAAUCCAAGUUCGUUUGUCUAAACACACAUUAUUUUCAUCCCUUACUCUCUUAAAAUUAUAAAUUAAGAACAACAUUUCUUAAGUUUUAAGGUACUUUGGAUGGACACAGUCACGUAGGUCCAAAAAGUUAAACUCAGACGGCAACAUCAGAAACAGCAAAGAAGCUUCCUAAUGUUGUGCAUUUCUUUACGAAAUUUCCUUGAUGACAUUCUCCAAGUCUUUAUGAGAAAAAGGUCUUGUCCUGAACUAGAAAAUAAAAUCAAGAGAUAAGCUUCUAUAUACCUAUAUGAAUUUCAUUCAAUUUCACAACAUGUACCCAUCAUACUUCUACCCUUCUAGUUUCUGUGGUGCAUUUGCAAUAAACUUCACUAAUUUGUGGUUCAACAGAAGAGGUAUCGCUAUUGAGCCAUUCUGUGAUCCUCCAAACUGCACUUCAAAUCUUAUGGCAAACUCUGGAGCUACACAAAGAACACCCUCCACCACCACCACACCUUCAUCAUCCACCUUAGACACUUAUGAACCAAAAGAGCAUCACGAAAAGUUAUACACUGAUUUCAAAAUUUACUGGCCCUUCAACAUGCCCUUGACUUCAGAAGCUGCAGCACUUCGUGUCAUCAGAAACUUGGAGAACCUUGGCUUAUACUACACACUAUUCGUGUGGAUCAUUCUCUUCAUUGUCCUCAUUCCUCAUCGUAAGAUCUCAUUGAUUUUGCUGGUCAUCAUGACCUAUGUGACAGUCCUUUACUGUUUAGUUCUAAGGGCAUACCCCAAAUCUGUUUUCCUUCACAGAAGCAUUGAUAAAAGAUUUGUCUUGGGUUUGCUAGUGUUUGCAGCAAUAGUGCAGCUGAUUUUGACUGAGGCUGGGAUUCAUCUUGCAGUGACUUUGGCUUGUGCUGUGCCUUUGGUUUUGGUGCAUGCAGUUUUGUGGGUUAGUCACCAUGCCUUUGAGAUUGAGGAUGAUUCUUGUACCAGAGAAGUUGCUCCUGUUGCUAGUAAUAAUAGAUGUACAUGUGGUGCUAAGGGCAUAGAGAAUGUUUAAAGUUUGAUUAAUGGUGUACAUAUGGUCUUAAUUGCCAUUGCAAGAUGACAGUGGUUGUGGAUUCUUGCAAGUUAAAGGAAAAAUGUUCAUACUUAUAAUCUCUGUCUACUUGUAUAUAAUUUUCUUUG